AUGAACCACGUACCAUCUACUACUACUACGAACAAUGCCACAGCACCUUUGAACGGUUCUUCUACCUCGAAGAACUCACAGGCCCCUGCUGGCACUGCCGCUAAGUAUGUCCCUCCCCAUAAACGCAGACAGAUGGAAGCUGAGGGUGCCGCUCGGGUCGACACUGCCCCACAUAUACAGUACCACUCCAGCACGGCACACGUCAUAUUGAAGAAGCAUUCGGUCAAUCAGCAGCCUUCACCAGGCAAGUAUCUUCCUCGUCCAGCAGAUAUGGUGGAGCUAGAGACUCUUACUCGUGCCGGAUCAUCUCGUUUCGGUGCUCCAAGAGAGUCCCGCUUUGGUGACCGCGAACGUUUUGGAUUCGGAUCGAAGCCAAGUUACGCUGGCCACUCUAGAGGUGCGAACGACAGGCUUGACUGGUCUCAACCACCACCACAAGGUGAUGGCACCUGGGCUCGACGAGAUGGGAGGAGGCCAGCAUACGAGGAUGAGAGAGAGUUAUUCGAUCAGGAGAACACUGUUCAUGCUGGCAUCAAUUUUGAUCAAUACGAUAAGAUCCCUGUUGAGGUGUCCGGUGCAGGGGCGGCUGAGAUAGCUCCUUUGGAACAGUUCAACGAUGGUGAGGUUGACUCGCAUAUCGUAGAGAAUAUUAACAGGUGUGGCUUCGACCGUCCUACUCCUGUACAGAAGUAUUCUAUUCCAACUCUUACGGCUAGACGCGAUCUCAUGUCAUGUGCACAGACCGGAAGUGGCAAGACUGGUGCCUAUCUCAUCCCCGCGAUUCAUAACAUGCUUGUUGAUGGACCCCCUAAUGCUACUUCUAGUGGUGACUACGGCCGUAGGAAGGCUUAUCCCGUCACACUGAUUCUAUCGCCAACCAGAGAGCUCGCAUCGCAGAUUCACGAGGAAGCUCGAAAGUUCUGCUAUAAUACUGGUAUUCGUCCUGUUGUCGUGUAUGGUGGAGCAGAUGUCCGUACUCAGCUACGAGAGCUGGAGAGGGGUUGUGAUAUUCUUGUAGCUACUCCUGGUAGAUUAUCUGACCUUAUGGAAAGGUUUCGUGUGUCCCUAUGUCAAAUAAAGAUGCUCAUCUUUGAUGAGGCCGAUAGAAUGCUAGAUAUGGGUUUUGAACCACAGAUUAGGCGUAUUGUGGAGCAGGAGGACAUGCCAAGCUCGAGGGACGGCAGACAGAGUGCAAUGUUCUCGGCAACCUUCCCGAAGGAGAUUCAACAGCUUGCCCGAGAUUUCCUUAAGGAGUAUAUCUACCUCACAGUCGGUCGUGUUGGGUCCACCCAUGGCUCUAUUAAGCAGAUCAUGAGAUACGUCGAUGAAAACUCUAAGUUGAGGGACUUGUACCGAGUCUUGGAAGAGCAGACUGAGGAGGGGUUGACUCUGGUGUUUGUUGAGACCAAACGUAAGGCGGACGAGAUUGAGAAUAUGCUAAGAAGAGACAGGUACCCGGCAACCUCUAUUCAUGGUGAUCGAUCCCAAUGGGAACGAGAAGAAGCUCUUAAGGCGUUCAAAAGCGGAGAGCUGCCCAUCUUGGUGGCUACUGAUGUUGCCGCCAGAGGUUUGGACAUAAGCCACGUUAACCUCGUUAUUAACUACGAUCUUCCUAAUAACAUUGACGACUACGUCCAUCGUAUCGGAAGGACGGGAAGGGCUGGUAACUUAGGAACAGCUAUAGCUUUCGUUAAUGAGGGUAGCAAGCCCAUCCUUCGGGACCUAUGGACUUUACUUGAAGAGAACAAGCAAGAAAUCCCACAAUGGUUCACAAGUCUAGUACAAGAGACCACUAGUGCUCCUGGACGCUUCGGCAGAGGUGGCAAGGGUAGAGGUGGAGGACGUAGUGGCGGUGGAUUCGCUAGUAGAGAUGUCCGUCAACCUACUGGUCGUGGAGACUUCCAACGAUAUGAGCACAGGAGUGCGGGCUUUCUCGGCAGGCCUGGUGUAGCGCCCCCGGCCCCAGUGGUAAACACUCGCGCUGCAGCGAUGCACCAGAAACCUGCUGUUAGACCGCAAGCGGCUCGAACCGUUACUCCUCCUGAAGACUCGUGGGCUGAUGCUUGGUAACUUCCAAGUCACUGUGAUGUUAUUAUUGAUGCCACUUCUACUGCUGCUGCUGCUCGGUUUUAGUCAUAACUGUCGCCGUGUCUGUCGGUGAAGUCUCCCUCC